AUAAUCAUCUCUGGGGCAAGUCAAAGUGGGAUAGAACCUCCCUGACUCCUCCCAAGGUGAGCAACCUUGGCAGGGAGUGACUUCUUCUCACCUGCCCUGCAUGGGUGCAUGUGUGUGGGGGCUAAGGUGCCUAUGUCUUUCUCAGGAGGGUCUCAUCUCCUAGGACCCCAAUUCUUCAACUAGCUGGUCUCUGCCCAGACUCCACAAGUUGCCUGUUCACCUCGGCCUUCAUCUGCUCAGCCCCAGGAUCUGGCCAGGUGCAAGGGCACUCACCUGUGAGGUGAGGUAGCAGCAGCAGCAGCGAUGCCGGACCCCGCGGCGCACCUGCCCUUCUUCUAUGGUAGCAUCUCACGUGCCGAGGCUGAGGAGCACCUGAAGCUGGCAGGCAUGGCCGAUGGGCUCUUCCUGCUGCGUCAGUGCCUGCGAUCGCUGGGUGGCUAUGUGCUGUCACUGGUGCACAAUGUGCGCUUCCACCAUUUUCCCAUUGAACGCCAGCUCAAUGGCACAUAUGCCAUUGCGGGCGGAAAGGCACACUGUGGCCCAGCCGAACUCUGUGAGUUCUACUCCCGAGACCCAGAUGGGCUACCCUGCAACCUGCGCAAGCCCUGCAACCGGCCAUCAGGCCUUGAGCCACAGCCGGGGGUGUUUGAUUGUCUGCGUGAUGCCAUGGUACGUGACUACGUGCGCCAGACAUGGAAGUUGGAGGGCGAGGCCCUGGAACAGGCCAUCAUCAGCCAGGCCCCCCAGGUGGAGAAGCUCAUUGCCACAACAGCCCACGAGCGGAUGCCAUGGUACCACAGCAGUUUGACACGCGAGGAAGCCGAGCGCAAGCUCUACUCGGGCGCUCAGACUGACGGCAAGUUUCUGCUGAGGCCCCGCAAGGAACAGGGUACGUAUGCCCUGUCCCUGAUCUACGGGAAAACCGUGUACCACUACCUCAUCAGCCAGGACAAGGCAGGCAAAUACUGCAUCCCAGAAGGCACCAAGUUUGACACGCUCUGGCAGUUGGUGGAAUACCUGAAGCUGAAGGCAGAUGGGCUCAUCUACUGCCUGAAGGAGGCCUGCCCCAACACCAGUGCCAGCGCUGCCGCAGAGGCUGCUGCUCCCACACUCCCGGCCCACCCAUCCACCUUUUCCCAAUCUCAUAGACGGAUGGACACCCUCAACUCAGAUGGGUACACUCCAGAACCAGCACUAGGCAUAGCAUCCCCAGAAAAGCCGCGGCCGAUGCCCAUGGACACAAGCGUGUACGAGAGCCCCUACAGUGACCCUGAGGAGCUCAAGGACAAGAAGCUCUUCCUGAAGCGCGAGAACCUCCUGGUGGCCGACAUUGAACUUGGCUGUGGCAACUUUGGCUCCGUACGCCAGGGCGUCUACCGCAUGCGCAAGAAGCAGAUUGACGUGGCCAUCAAGGUGCUGAAGCAAAGUACUGAGAAGGCGGACAAGGAUGAGAUGAUGCGGGAGGCGCAGAUCAUGCACCAGUUGGACAACCCCUACAUCGUGCGGCUCAUCGGCGUGUGCCAGGCCGAGGCGCUCAUGCUCGUAAUGGAGAUGGCAGGGGGCGGGCCCCUGCACAAGUUCCUGCUGGGAAAGAAAGAGGAGAUCCCUGUCAGCAACGUGGCUGAGCUGCUACACCAGGUGUCCAUGGGGAUGAAGUACCUGGAAGAAAAGAACUUUGUGCACCGGGACCUGGCGGCCCGCAAUGUCCUGCUGGUCAACCGGCACUAUGCCAAGAUCAGUGACUUUGGCCUUUCCAAGGCACUGGGUGCCGAUGACAGCUACUACACGGCCCGCUCAGCGGGGAAGUGGCCACUCAAGUGGUAUGCACCUGAGUGCAUCAAUUUCCGCAAGUUCUCCAGUCGCAGUGAUGUGUGGAGCUAUGGGGUCACCAUGUGGGAGGCCUUCUCCUAUGGCCAGAAGCCCUACAAGAAGAUGAAGGGCCCCGAGGUUUUGGAUUUCAUCAAGCAGGGCAAGCGAAUGGAGUGUCCCCCCGAGUGUCCACCUGAGAUGUACACACUCAUGAGCGACUGCUGGAUCUACAAGUGGGAGGACCGUCCAGACUUCCAGGCCGUGGAGCAGCGCAUGCGGACCUAUUACUACAGCCUGGCCAGCAAGGGUGAGGGGGCCCCAAGAGCUGGCCAGGGAGCCGAGGCCACCUGCGCCUGAGCUUCCCACCAGCGCUGGACUGCAGACUGCCUGGCCCUGGGACUCGCAGUUGCGCUUCUCUCCACCAAAGGGUACCCCAGGCACGGCGGUCCCCAGGUGGCCUGCUUCCGGAGGAGACCGGGGAUCGGGGU